UACCAAGUCGACUACAACACCGCUGCUAUUCGUGACUCUCAGGUUGGCUACAACAUCUGUAAAUCCACCAUCGAGAACCAGAACUCCAUGUGCCGAACUGCAUAUUUCGCCCCCAACUACACUAUCGGCGAUACCGAGCAGGAGGAGGUUCCAUGUUGCACCAAGCCUGACCACGGAACUCGUCUCAUU